CAGACCGAACGCUAGCAAGAACCGGCUGCUCUCUUUUCCGCACCUCGUGCCUCGCUUUUCGAAUACCAUCGAAUCUGCUGGUGCACGCGCGCACCGCACUGCGUCUCUCUUCGUUCUACCGUAGUGUAUUCGCGAGACUAGGAUGCACGUGUGUCCGUAGCCAGAGGGAGAUGCUCGUAGCAACGUGUGUGUGCACGCGACCGAGAGCGGCCCUCCAGCAUCCGAGUAAGUGUUUACGUCGUCGUGCGUGUAACCCAGCGCGGACAACCGUUGCUCGAAAACCAGUACCCCUUGCGUUUUUGAACGCGUUCGAAAAAAAGCCGAUACGUCAACGACCCAGUUUCGCGAGAGGAGUGUCGAGUGACGGGGCGGUUCGCGAGAGUGAUCUUUGACUCCAAUCGAAUCGAAUCGAAUCGAAUCGAACCGAAUUGAAACGUACGCGAAUCGAAUCGAAAACGUGAAAUCCGUUAACGGCUAUUCCAACCGUGUCGGUGGUUGAGACGUCGAUGUUUUCGCGUCAACGACGCCCCUGUAGGAUUUUCGAAAAUAAACACGAACAGAGGAAGUAUCGAUGACGCGUGAAGGAUGUGUUCGUCGUUGCGUUGAAAGGACGCGCUGUGAGUUUGGACAUGUUGAAUCGAAAGGUCGUCACGUAUUAUACGCAUAGUCCUCGUUCGUCCUAUAUACACAUACACACGCUGGAGAGUUUCGUCAACUCGCCGAUAGACCUGCGUCGCGUUAUGAUCGUAUAAUCCGUGCGACCACGUGACACGAGAUGCGACCGUUUGCCGCCAUGAGAGCACGGGGAUAAGGAAGGAGGACACUCGUCUCUCAGAAUGGAAUUCGGAGGUUACAAAGGUACCGGUCCCCGUGUUAGGGUGCGACGACGCGCGGAAUUAGGUAGACGGCUCACCAGGAGGCUAUCUCUGGUCGCGAAAAUGCCAGCUGCCAUUCUUAGUAAGGCGAAUCCACCUGAACCAAGGCCAGUAGAAAUCACGGCGAUCGCGCCUGACAAGACACACCUUACCCUACCUGGUGCGACUCCCGGAGCCAUCUCGUCCGUGGUCGCUCCCGUGCUGUUGAAGUACCGGGUCUGCAGGCCCAGGCUGUUGCUCGCCGGGUCCAGGGCCGAGGUCGACCCCGCCGCCGAUGUGGGACUGUUGCACGGCGAAGUUCUGCUGAUCGAGGACUCCGCGAGACAGUACGAUCCGAUAGGAGAUACGGACAGGAGAUACAGAGCGACGGAGAAGCUGCUGCAAGCCGAGGAGGAGUACCACGAGGCUCUGUGCAGCGCGAAGGAACUGUACGCACGGCCGUUGGCGCGAAACUACCCCGAAUUUCACGAUGUCAUCUUCCAACCGCUCGCGGACCUCUCGGCGGUCACUGCCGAGCAUUGCCAGAGGAUCCGCGCUGCGCUCGAGAAUUGGGACGGCGGUACCUUCAAAUCGAGUGACUUAUUCCCUGGCUCGUUUUGGAACUCUUACUGGGAAUACCUGGAGAGCUAUCAGGAGGCGAAGAGGAUUCUGGACGAGCUGAGGGCAUCGGAGGACCCCCUACUGCACUUCCUUGGUCUUAGGCAAGCUGCGGCCAGGCAUUCUCCAUCCUCGUUACUUCUUCUACCGGUCCAGAGGCUGGCCGAAUACGAGAGGUACCUGGGCCAGGAGGCGAGAAACCUAGUGGAGAACGGAAACGGAAGCGUCGGGAGUGGCGCCGUUCUCCAACGCGGUCAACUCGAAGGCGAUCUUCAUCGCAUCCAGGAGCUCUUCCCUGGCGAUAACCUCCGGCUACACGAGCGAGAUGUCCUCACCACGAAAAUGAAGAGCCUGAUCCGCAAGAGGAACGGCGGAAAUCCUGGAAGGCUGACGAGAGUGUUGUCGCAAAAGUCCCUGAACGUGUCCAACAACUCACCCGCCCCGAAAUCUCCGCCAAGGACGUUCCUCUUGGAGACUCCGGUUCAGUUCACCACGGGUGUGCAGUCCCAGGACAGACACCUCUUCCUCUUCUCGGACCUGUUGCUCAUAGCGAAAGCACGAAGCGGAGGUAACUUCAAGCUGAAACAGUCCGUGAGGAUGAGCGAGCUAUGGCUGACCGCCGGACACAUAGAGGACGUGGCUGAAACGAGCAAGUCUCAGGAAACGAGCUUCGUCCUCGGUUGGCCCACUACGAACGUCGUCGCCACGUUCAUGACUGCUGCAGCGAGAGACCUCUGGUGGGGACGUUUGACCGAACUCGUACGAGAGGAGAGUAUGAAGGAGCCGCCGGACACGAACAUUCAAGUCGUGUAUCACGACAGUGACACGAACACGGAAUACUGUAAGACGAUUAUGGUGGGAUCCGAAAUGACAGCGGCAGCUUGCGUGAAUUUGGCCACGCGCCUAUUGGACCUGCAAGGACCGUUCCAGUUGUGGGCAAGAACGUCCGCUGACGAGGCGCCGUAUCCCCUAAUUGGACACGAGAGACCUUUCGCCGUGAAACUGUCGAAUUUACGACACACGCUGUCCGCCGAAGAAGGUUUCGACUUGGAACAUUGUAACAAAAGUGGCCACGACACGUGCCACUUUAUACUUAGGCCGGUACCCAAGUCCCCGGUGAAGAAGAACAAGUCGAAAAUCACCGGGUUGCUGAGAAGAUCCCUCUCGUUGAAUCCGAGUCUCUUCGGAGUCAACCUGUCCAGACUCGACGAGAACGGAUUACCCAAGCCUGUGUUGGUGAUGCUUCAGCAACUGUUCGCCAAGGGGCCAUUCACGCAGGGUAUAUUUAGAAAAUCGGCCAACGUUAGGAUCGUUCGAGAACUGCGAGAUCAAAUCGAGUCCACGGGUGAUCCCAGUUGUUUGGAGGAUGCCCCGAUCAUAGCGGUGGCAGCACUGCUCAAAGACUUUCUCAGAUCUUUACCGGAUCCUUUGCUAACUUCCCACCUGUUUCCCCUCUGGAUGGACAGCAUGGACACGCCGAAUCCUGUCCAAACUAUUAAGAAUAUUUUAGAUAGAUUGCCCAAAGCGAAUUACACCCUGCUGUCUCAUCUGAUCUGCGUUCUACACCACGUGGCUCGACGGUCGAAGCACAAUCUCAUGUGCGCGAGCAAUCUGGGCGUGUGUUGCGGGCCCAGUUUACUCUGGUCGCCAAAUCCGUCGGUGAAUCAGAGCAGAGCGAUCCCUACUCUCACGGAGAUGUUGAUUCGUCAUUGCGAAGUUCUAUUCGGCGAGGGUGUCACGCAGCUUCUCGGGGAAGAACGCAGCGACAGCGGAGCCGAAGAAAGCACCGAUAGCCUUCACUCAGGUGGGCUUUCUCUGGACAGCCUGGACCUGACGGAACCACCUCGCAAGGAUCACAUGUCUCUCUCGAGAGAUUCCGGACUGACCCUGUCGGAUUGUCAACUGUUCAUCCCAGAGUCUCCGGUGGGCUCCGAGGACUCGGCCGUGAAUGCUUCGUCGUCGAGCUUCGACAAGUCUCUGAGUAAGGAGGAUAAGUCUACCAGCAAGUCGUAUAUACGUGUCUACGGCGGAUGGGAGGAGAGAAUAAACGGUUACACGACGAAUAAUCAUCAUACGAGCGCUGUGGAGCAUAGCUUCAGGGAAGAGAAAAGCAGCAUCGGUUAUCCGAAUCCGAAUUUUCAGAGGCAAGAUUGGCUAAGAGCUCAACUGAAGAGAACACCGAGAACCAAGUUAGACGAGCAUGAUCAUCGCAAGGAUAGAUUCGACGAGAAGGAUAUCUACGGUAGGGAGUAUCUGCGACAAGACUCGAUGAAGGAGAAUGUGGAAAAUUGCAAGGACAUCUAUAGAAGCUCGCAGCUGGACAUUUCGCGGGAUCUUAGGACGGAAUACGAAAGGGCAACGCAGCAGGACAUUUGUACAGAACGAGUCUCGAGUCACAAUUCGGAGCAGGAUCUGAUGGGGGACACGACGUUGACCAGCGACAGAUACGAAUUCAAGAAAGAACGGUUCAACGAGUUUAAGAAGGUCAAGUCGGAAAUGUAUGUUAAUCGCGAGUCACCCGUCUCGCAGAACGGUAGCUACCAUUCGGGAAGCGAUCUCUACGAGUUCAAGAAGGUGAAGAGCGAAAUAUACGUGAACAAAGAAACGACGCGUACGGAAAGAUACGAAUCUGAAAGCAGCAUCUACGGAAAUAGGGACAGAACGAGCGAGAUAUACGGUUCGAGAGAGAGAAACGACUUGUAUUCGUUCAAGCAGGCCGAGGCGAUCGAUUUGUACGGUGACGAAGACGACGAAGAGGAAAGAACAUGGCCAGAUACGCCACCACCACUACCACCGAGAUUGAGGCAUCUACCACCGGUGCACAUGAAUCUGGAAGACAGGCACAAAGUGGCAGGAAGGUCAAGGUCUUUACCACCGCCGCCUCCUUAUCGCCCGCCUCCACAACCUCGUGCCUCGGUUACCACCAGACACCUAGGAUACGGAAGAUCCGUCGUUGAUGAUGAAAGUUACGUUUAAUAAAAAACGAGGAGCCAUGGAAGCGCGCGCGCCUGUGUGUUGUGUGUGUGUGUGUGCGUGUGUAUGCGCGUGUGCGUGUGCGUGUGUGUAUGUCGACACCUCGGGAGAAUCAAAGAAGCGAAAAGUCGCAGGUCGAGAUCAUGGAUACACGUUGGCUCGUGUACAUGUGGUCUCGUUACGGCUGAAACUAGUCCAAACUGGAACGCACGUACGAUAUCGGAACAAUACCGAUGUGUAUAAUAUCGAAUCGCAUGGUCAUCGAGGAACGAAGAAUAUAUAGAGUCGUUUUAUCGUUCGUUUCGUGAAAACGCGUAAGUCUACGACAGAUCGAAAUGGCGAAGUAAUUAUGUUAGAGAUGUUUACGUAAGUCACAAAACGCUAUCGAUUGUUGGCGAUUAUUAGCAAAUAGGACUUGACUGUCAUACAGUGAUUCAGGGUGCUUCCACAAGCCUUAAU